UCAUAUCGAUACAAACAAUCUGGAUGAUAUCCAAAUGUCCAACAAGCUCUCUGAACACUUCCCUCCAACUUCAUCUCCUCCUGCUCUAUCCACAAGAACAGCAGGUAUUUUACUGUAUUUUUCUCUUAGAUGUAGCUCAAAAAUGAUUCGUUUCUCUGAUCACUGAAAACCAAGAAACCCUGACCAAAUGACUCUGUAUUUGUCUACUGAGAUCUUCACUCAAACCCCUCUCUUUUUCAAGAAACUCGAGCCCACUACAGAAUAUAAGCACAGCAGCCCUGUAAUCAAAUGCAAUAAUCAUCUAAAUAGGGAGCGGCAGCGUAGGAAGCCACAAACAGUUAAGGUUUCUACUGACAACAGGAACACCGAAAUACAGUUUAAUGAUUUCAACGAAGCCAAUUUUAUGAAGGUGCUGAAUAGUUCUUGUAGAGCAGGGAACUAUGAUGAAACUGUGUAUAUUCUUGAGUGUAUGGUGAAGAGUGGGUACAAACCGGAUAUGUUUCUAUGUACAAAGCUCAUUAAGGGGCUUUUCAGUGUAAAAAAGGGGGAAAAAGCAGUGAAAGUGGUGCAGAUUCUGGAGCAAUUUGGUGAGGCAGAUGUGUUUAUAUAUAAUUCUUUGAUUGUUGGGUUAUGUAGAAUGAAUAAGGUUGGGGCAGCUAAGGAGGUGCUGAAUAGUAUGAGAGCCCGGGGUUUUCGCCCGAACGUUGUUACCUAUAAUAUAAUCAUAGGAACUCAUUGUGAUAGGGGAGAGCUAGGGUUAGCUUUCAAGGUUUUGGAUGAGUUGAAGGAAGACAAUAGCCUUCGACCAAAUGUAGUGACAUACACAACCUUGAUGGAGGCUUCGAUCCAUAAAGGGGCCGUUAGUGAAGCAAUGAGGCUUCUAGACGAGAUGUUAUGUCUCGGGCUCCAACCAAAUAUGUACACUUAUAAUGCAAUCCUUAGAGGGUUGUGUAGAGAAGGCAUGUUCGGUGAAGCCCACGAGUUGCUUAGGAGUUUGCCGCAUGGAGGAAGCAAAGGGUGUUCAAUUGGGUAUAACAUUUUGUUGAAGGCAUUGUUGAGUAGGGGGAAUUGGGACGAUGGGGAGAAGCUAGUGGAGGAGAUGUUAUCCGCGGGUUGUGAGCCAAAUAUGGUUACCUAUAACAUCUUCAUGACUUCCUUGUGUCGAGAUGGAAAGCUAAACGAGGCAAUAAGCCUGCUUAAGAUUAUGACGGAGAAGGGGGUGGCUCCCAAUCAAAUCAUUUACGAUCCACUUAUCUGCGCUUUUUGCAAGGAGGGGAGGCUCGAUUCGGCCAUUGAUCUCGUGGAUGCCAUGGUUUCAAACGGUUGCUCGCCCGAUAUAGUGAACUAUAACCACAUCAUUUCCGCAAUGUGCAAGAACGGAAACGAUGAUCUUGCGACGGGACUCAUCGAGGAGCUCGGUGCAAUAGGCUAUCCCGUAGAUGCAAGUACUUAUAGUGCUAUGAUGUGUGCUCUAUGGAGCAAUGGAGAAAGCACCAAGGCCUUGAAUAUGGUUCCUCAAAUGAUAGACAAACGGGUUUAUCCCGACGAGACUACAUAUGGUGCAUUGGUGUCGCGUUUAUGCAAAGGCGGGAUGGUGGACGAGGCUCUACAUUUGUUAGAUGUUAUGGAGAGGUACGGUUUUCCACCCACCGUCGUGGUUUACAAUGCUGUGUUGCUUGGGCUGUGCAAAUCUCAUAGAUUAGAUGAGGCAAUUGAUGUCCUAGAAGAAAUGACUGAAAGGGGCUGCCAGCCAAAUGAAAAAACUUACAUUAUACUAAUUAAAGGCAUUGGUUUUCAUGGAUGGAGAGACGAGGCGAUUAAGCUGGAAACCACUCUUUUCCAAAUGAAUGCUAUUUCAAGGAUAGGGAAUCAAGCUUUUGUUUGGUAAUUGGUCUUGCACUAACUAUUGCCCCAUAUUUUUUUUUGGCAAAAAUGUAAUAAUUUUUGAGGUGUAAACAAAUGUAAGAAUUCCCGUUAUGUCAAAACACUGCUUAUACCAUGCAUAUUAGAAAUUAUGUUUAAUGUAUAGCUAAAUCACUGAUUA